CGACCAUGGUGCGUCACCUCCUGCCGCAUUGCAUCUAGGGAAUAUGGCGGUGUAGUUUGUUGUUGCCUAUUCUUUCAUUCUGUGCUCAUCUUCAAUUGAAACUAAAAUCUGCUCGUUUUAUCUGCGAAGUUGGUGAACUUGUCAAGUCAACAAAAUAAUGUCGCUGUCUACAGCACGCUCGUUCCUGUCAGAAGCCGGUUAUGGGGAGCAAGAACUAGAUGCGAAUUCCGCUCUCAUGGAAUUGGACAAAGGGUUACGCUCCGGAAAACUGGGGGAACAGUGCGAGGCGGUUGUUCUUUUCCCAAAACUCUUCCAGAAGUACCCCUUCCCCAUUCUCAUCAACUCUGCUUUCCUGAAGCUGGCGGACAUCUUCCGGCUGGGGAACAACUUCCUGCGCCUGUGCGUGCUGAAGGUGACGCAGCAGAGCGAGAAGCACCUGGAGAAGAUUCUGAACGUGGACGAGUUCGUCAAGAGGAUUUUCUCCGUCAUCCACAGCAACGACCCUGUGGCGCGAGCCAUCACACUCAGGAUGCUGGGGAGCAUGGCGUCCAUCAUCCCAGAGAGGAAGAGCGCCCACCACAGCAUCCGGCAGAGUCUGGACUCGCACGACAACGUGGAGGUGGAGGCGGCCAUCUUUGCUGCGGCCAGCUUCUCCGCCCAGUCAAAGGAUUUUGCUGCAGGAAUUUGCAAUAAAAUAAGUGAGAUGAUCCAAGGCCUGGACACGCCAGUGGAUCUGAAGCUGAAGCUGAUCCCCACGCUGCAGCACAUGCACCACGACGCAGGCCUGGCCUCCUGCAGCCGGCAGCUCCUGCAGCAGCUGCUCACCUCCUACCCCUCCACACACAUGGUGAUCAUCAGCCUGCACACCUUCACACAGCUGGCUACUUCCUCCCUCAUACACAUCCCCCAGCAGAUCCAGCUGUUGCUACGCUACCUGAAGGAGGACCCGCGCAGAGCAGUGAAGAGGCUCUCCAUCCAGGACCUGAAGCUGCUGGCCAAGAAGGCCCCCCACCUGUGGAGCCGCGAGAACACGCAGAUGCUGUGUGAGUGUGCGCUCAGUAUUCCCUAUAACAGUCUGAAGCUGGGCAUGCUGUCUGUGCUCUCCACACUGUCCGCCACCAUCGCCAUCAAGCAGUACUUCAGCUCCACUGCAGCCCCCUCCCGGCCCACCGACCUGGUCCGACUGGCACAGGAGAGCUGUUACCAUAGCAACCUGGCGGUGGCCGCCCAUGGGGUCACUGUGCUGUCCAACAUCGCCAUUUCCUGUCCGGAGAAAGAAGUGCUGCAGCUCGAGCAGGACACCGUCCUGGGGGUAGAGUCUCUGCUGGUGAUGUGUUGCCAGGACGACAGCCCCAGCGCCCAGGCGACGCUGAAGACGGCCCUGACCUCGCUAGUGCGGUUGCUGAGAAGCCGGCCGCACUUGAGCCAGCCGGCCGUGGAGGUGCUGCUGUGCCAGCUGCACGUUGCCCGCGACCCCGCCCGCGUGCUCAUGUGCCACGCCCUGGCCGCCAUCGCCAUGCAGAUGCCCGUGCUGGGGGAGGGCAUGCUGGGAGAUCUGAUGGAGCUGUACCGUGUGGCUGGCCGCUCCACCUCUGACAGGCAGCAGGAGCUGCUGGUUUCCCUGGCGACGGUGGUGUUUGUGGCCAGUCAAGCGUCUCUGUCGGGGGAGGUGAAGACUGUGAUUAAGCAACAGCUGGAGGACGUGGCCAACGGCUGGACAGUGUACCGCAUCGCCCGGCAGGCCUCCCGUAUGGGCUGUCACGAGCUGUGCAGUGAGCUGUAUCAGAGCCUGCGCACACGCGUAGCAUCGGAGCACUUCUACUUCUGGCUGAACAGUCUGAAGGAGUUCUCCCAGGCCGAGCAGUGCCUGAGCCGCCUGCAGGACCGCCAGUACAGCGCCGCCAUGGCCGCCAUCGCAGAGGCCCUGCGCGCCUACCAGAAGGGCAUCGCCUCGCUCACGGCUGCCAGCACGCCCCUCAGCCCGCUGUCCUUCCAGUGCGAGUUUGUGAAGCUGCGCAUCGCCACGCUGCAGGCCCUGUCCCAGCUCAUCUGCACCUGCAACAGCCUGAAGACCAGCCCCCCCCCCGCCAUCGCCGCCACCAUCGCCCUCAGCUCCGGCAGCGAGCUGCAGCGCUGCGGACGCAUCUCCACACAGAUGAAGGUGUCGAUGGAGGACCUUCGGAACCUGGCGACCCGCUACGCGGACCUGUACCAGUCCUCGUUCGACGCCGACGCGGCCACGCUGAGAGGCCUGGAGCUGCAGCAGCAGAGCUGUCUGCUCAUCUCUCAUGUGGUGGAGGCCCUGAUUCUGGACCCCCACACUGCCAGCUUCCCGGACUACAGUUCCCAGGGUUCCGAGCAGGCACAGAGUGAGUACGAGCGCCGGCUGAUGUCCGUCUUCAGUCACGUGUUGGAGGAGGUGGAGUCUCUGAGCAGGAAACAUCCCCCUGUCUCCUACCUGCACACUAGCUGUCUGUGUGAUGCGGUGAUCGCCCUGCUGAAGGUGCCGCUCUCCUUCCAGAGGUAUUUCUUCCAGAAGCUGCAGUCCACCAGCAUCAAGCUGGCUCUUUCCCCUUCCCCUCGGAGUGCCACUGAACCAAUCCCAGUGCAGAGCAGCCAGCAGCUGACUCUGAAGGUGGAGGGUGUGGUCCAGCAUGGCUCCACCCCCGGGCUCUUUAGGAAGAUCCAGUCUGUCUGCCUGAACGUUAGCUCCACCCUGCAGAGCAAGUCUGGACAGGACUACAAGAUCCCGCUGGAUGCGAAGACCAAUGAGAUCGAGCGGAGGGUGGAGCCGCACAACGACUACUUCAGCACGCAGUUCCUGCUCAACUGCUCCGUUGUGGGCACGCACACGGUCACCGUGGAGACGUCGGUGGUGGACGGCAGCGGGAUCGAGUGGAAGACGGGACCCAAGAGCACGCUGUCCGUCAAAUCGCUGGAGGACCCGUAUUCCCAGCAGACCCUGCCCCAGCCGGCCCCCCAGCGGAGCGUCUACGCCCGCUUCCAGUGACCCCGCCCCGCCCGCUUCCAGUGACCCCGCCACGCCCGCUUCCAGUGACCCUGCCCGCCUUCUUCCAGUGACCCCGCCCCGCCCGCUUCCAGUGACCCCGCCCCGCCCGCUUCCAG